AUGUGCUCGUUAAUUUGUCAGUUGUGCGCGUCGUAUUUUGCAAUUAAUUAACCAUUUAUGUGCCGAAAAGUGAUUAUCGUGUGUGAAAAUGUAGAGUGCAAGUGCGUGUGUGUGUAAUUUGUUGCUUUAAUUCGGUAAAAUGAGACGCGCGGGAGUGAAAAUGUUCUUUGCAUUGUGGAGAGCUGGAAUGGAUCGCCUGAAGCAGUGAGCGCAAAAGAGACAAGGCAUGUGCGAUGAAGACGUGCAAAAUAUUGGUGCUGCUCUGCAGCUGCCCUUGCUCUGCUUUUACUUGGGCUGUUCUGCAGUCCGCAGCUGCUGCGCUGCAUUUAGUAUGCCUCUGCCACGGCGCUGCUGCUGUUAAUGUUUCUAUUCUGCUGCUGUGCUGAUGUUAUUCCUUUGCCUUGGCUCUGCUGCGUCUCACUCGCUGCUCUGCUACUCUACGGCUGUUGUCUGCUAAAGACAACGCUGUUGACCGCAGGCCCAACACGCAACUUCCGCUGCAAAUUCGUCUUUUCCGCAUGCGAGACAACAACAACAACGAAAAUAAUGAAAAUAUUUUGUAAUAAAGGCAACACUGUACAACAUAAUCCACGCUCAGGUGAGAAUGAUAAUCGCCUGACUAACUGUGAAUUAUAUCAGUCAACUGCUCCGCAGGGAAAUUCAAGAGGCUCAUUUUAUUGUAUGUCUCUUCGUUCAAAGAUCCUUUCCCCAGGAAGUUGUUCGCCCUAGAAGUUGAUUGUCAUCUGAAUCUGGAUAAUGCAACCCAUUGUAUUCAAAAGUUACAAGCGAAAACAUCUGCUAUGUCUAAUAAUAAGAAUGUGACUUAGAUUUAAUAUUCUUAAUAAAUAAACAUACACAUACGAAUGUCCUUUUUCAAAAAUAAGCUUAAUGUAACACAAGAAA